UAGUACGAAAGACAUGUAAUAAUGGUAUUGUCCCACUUCCUGGACCCUGCUGGACGGAUGAGCUCGAGUGGGAAUAUAUGUGUUAUGUUCAAUAGAGACAUAAUGAAAGCGGCAGUAACAGUGCAGAGCUUGACGGACUAGCCGGAUUUUCAGUGUUUGUUCUCGAUUUAAAGGAUACGUUUCUUCCAGAUAUGGAAAUAUUCGCGCGGAUUUUGAUCUGUGUCACUUUUUUCUUCAAGUUGAACAGUGCGUGUAUUGAGCAGCUAUUAGAUAGACCUGAUGCGUCAGAAUACGGGUAUUCAGUUUUUAACGGCCCUGAUACGUGGGGACAAAAGUUCAAAAUGUGCAACGGCUACCGCCAAUCGCCCGUGCCGCUAGACAUGGAAGACUGCCACAAAAUGCGGUUCCCUAAAAUACAGUUUCUGGGUCAUGCGGACGAACGCAAGGGAGGAUUUCGAAUCCACAACACUUUCCAGUCAGUUGAGGUGCAGUUUUCUGGUGAUCAGCCAGUGCUGAAAGGUGGACCCCUGAGCGGCAACUUCACAUUCUCGCAAAUGCACUUCCAUUGGGGUUCCUACGGAGAGGCGCAGGGCAGCGAGCACCAAAUGAAAAACCUCGAGCACGCAAUGGAAGCGCAUCUAGUGCACAUCAACAGCAAAUACAGAAAUAUUCAAGAGGCGGCCGAACACUGGGACGGUCUCGCCAUCAUCGCGCUCCUCUUCACGGUAAAUAAGAGCGAGAGCGAAGAUUUGAAUCCGUUAGUUAAUCAGCUCCGUCGAAUUCGCCACGGAGAUUCAUACGCCCUGCUUGAGAGUUCAGCCAUGUCAUGGCUCGGCAAGUCUCUGGACUCGGACGGCAAGUACUUGACCUACUGGGGCUCGCUGACUACCCCACCGUGCAACGAGGUCGUCACGUGGAUCGUGCUGGAGAACACCGUCGAGAUCGGCUUUCGUCAGUUGGAGCAUUUUCGGCGCCUUUAUGGUCACGAAGGCAAAUUGGAGCAAAACUUGCGACCAAUUCAACCCAUCAACAAUCGCUACGUUUUCUGCCCUUCAGAAGAACCCUAUGAAGAACAAGAGGAAGACUUGGAUGACAAGAAAGAGGACCAGGACGGCAGUGAGGAGAAGGACAGUGGAGAAUCGAGCGAGGAGGACGAAGAUGAUCGAAAACUGGCAAAACCGAGGCCACUCUGGCUGCCGAAGAAACCUCAACCCUACAUACCUUACAGCACUUAUAAAAUCGUCACGGCCGGUUAAUAUCAAAUAUCAACCCACCGAGGCCAAAACGAGCAGGAGAUCUCAAACACCAUGAACUUAAAUUUUAUCACUUCUAUAAUAUACUUUUUAUGUCAAUCAAACACAAAAUAAAAUUUAAUGCACUUAGCUAGAAAAGCGUGUGUUUAAUUU